CAGUCACACACACACACACACACACACACACACACAGACACACACUCUCUCUCUCUCUCUCUCUCUCUGGUUUAGCAGAGAUGGGGACUGCGCGUACACAGUUGAAGGCCAUGCUUCGCAAGAACUGGCUUCUCAAAAUUCGCCACCCUUUCAUUACUUCUGCUGAGAUAUUGCUUCCUACAGUUGUGAUGUUGUUGUUAAUAGCAGUUAGGACACAAGUCGAUACGCAGAUUCACCCUGCACAGCCGUAUAUCCGAGAAGGAAUGCUUGUGGAAGUGGGCAAAGGAAUAUCCCCUAGUUUCCAACAAGUUUUAGAAUUAUUGUUGGCAAAGGGAGAGUAUUUGGCUUUUGCACCGGAUACAGAAGAGACAAGGAGAAUGAUUAACUUAAUGUCAAUGAAAUUUCCCUUGUUGAAGCUAGUUACCAAAAUUUACAAUGAUGAACUAGCCCUAGAUACCUACAUACGCUCAUAUCUCUAUGGUACCUGCAAUCAAGUCAAGAAUUGUUCAAAUCCAAAAAUCAAAGGUGCAGUCGUGUUUCAUGAGCAAGGCCCUCUGCUAUUUGAUUACAGUAUACGCCUCAACCACACAUGGGCUUUCUCGGGAUUUCCUGAUGUGAAAUCCAUCAUGGAUGUAAAUGGUCCUUAUCUUGAUGACUUGGAACUGGGCGUUAAUAUUGUACCAACAAUGCAGUACAGCUUCAGUGGAUUUUUGACUCUCCAGCAAGUAUUGGAUACAUUCAUUAUAUUUUCUGCCCAGCAAACUUAUUCAACCUCUCAAAAUAUAGAAAUUCCUUCAGUGCAGUCCUCUGACAAUGUCUCCUCGCUUAAGUUGCCAUUGAUGCAAUUUAGCCCUUCAAACAUACGAAUAGCUCCCUUUCCAACUCGUGAAUACACUGAUGAUGAGUUCCAGUCUAUCAUUAAGAAAGUCAUGGGUGUAUUGUAUCUUCUGGGAUUUCUCUACCCAAUCUCUCGCCUGAUCAGCUUUUCUGUGUUCGAGAAGGAACAGAAAAUAAAGGAAGGUCUCUACAUGAUGGGCCUUAAAGAUGGGAUAUUCCAUCUUUCUUGGUUUAUUACAUAUGCUUUGCAGUUUGCAAUUUCAUCUGGGAUCAUUACAGCCUGCACCAUGGGUAGCCUUUUCAAAUAUAGUGAUAAGUCAGUGGUGUUUAUGUACUUCUUUGUGUUUGGAUUAAGCGCAAUCAUGCUGUCAUUUUUGAUCUCAACAUUCUUCACACGAGCCAAAACAGCCGUGGCAGUUGGAACCUUAUCUUUUUUGGGUGCCUAUUUUCCUUAUUACACUGUCAAUGACCAGGCUAUCCCUAUGAUAUUAAAGGUCCUUGCCUCUUUGCUAUCUCCUACAGCCUUCGCUCUAGGGUCAAUUAACUUCGCUGACUAUGAGCGCGCCCAUGUUGGACUUCGGUGGAGCAACAUAUGGCGGGCAUCAUCUGGAGUGAAUUUUUUGGUGUGUCUCCUGAUGAUGUUGGUUGACGCGCUGCUGUACUGUGCCAUUGGUCUUUACCUGGAUAAGGUCCUUCCUAGGGAGAAUGGAGUACGUUAUCCAUGGAAUUUCAUAUUUAGCAGUAGCUUUUGGAAAAAUAAAAGUAUUGCUGCACACCACGCUUCCAAUCUUAAAGCUACAAGUACCAAUAAUAAGACAAGUCUUUCUAGGAAAGAUACUUUUGAACCUGCUGUGGAAGUGAUAAGCUUGGACAUGAAGCAGCAAGAGCUUGAUGGCAGAUGUAUCCAAAUCAGGAAUCUGCAUAAGGUGUAUGCUACGAAGAAGGGGAACUGUUGUGCGGUUAACUCAUUACAGUUGACCUUAUAUGAAAAUCAGAUUCUUGCUCUUCUAGGGCACAAUGGAGCUGGAAAAAGCACAACAAUUUCAAUGCUUGUUGGCCUUCUUACUCCUACUUCAGGGGAUGCCAUGGUUUUUGGGAAGAAUAUCAUAACGGACAUGGAUGAGAUACGGAAGACAUUAGGUGUUUGCCCUCAAAAUGACAUUCUUUUUGCAGAGUUGACUGUGAAGGAGCAUUUGGAAAUUUUUGCCAUUUUGAAGGGUGUGAAUGAAGAAUUUUUGGAAAGAGUUGUUAUGGAUAUGAUUGAUGAAGUGGGUUUGGCUGAUAAAACCAAUACUACUGUUAAAGCUCUUUCUGGUGGUAUGAAGAGGAAAUUGUCUCUUGGAAUCGCUCUGAUAGGAGAUAGUAAGGUCAUCAUCCUCGACGAACCUACUAGUGGAAUGGAUCCAUACUCAAUGCGCUUGACAUGGCAGUUAAUAAAAAAACUAAAAAAGGGCAGGAUAAUAUUACUGACAACACACUCAAUGGAUGAAGCUGAUGAACUAGGAGAUCGAAUAGCUAUCAUGGCUAAUGGUUCCUUGAGAUGCUGUGGAAGCUCCCUUUUCUUGAAGCAUCAGUAUGGGGUUGGUUAUACUCUGACGCUGGUGAAGUCUGCACCUACUGCCUCAGUAGCUUCUGAUAUUGUGUAUCGACAUAUUCCAUCAGCAACAUGUGUGAGUGAGGUUGGAACUGAGAUUUCCUUCAAGCUUCCUAUGGCAUCUUCAUCAUCCUUUGAAAGUAUGUUCAGGGAAAUUGAAAGUUGCAUGAGAAGGUCAGUUUGUAACUCCGAAACAAUCAGGUCUGAGGACAAAGACCAUUUUGGCAUCGAAAGUUAUGGUAUAUCUGUCACAACUCUGGAAGAGGUAUUCCUUAGAGUUGCAGGAUGUGACUAUAUUGAAGCUGAAUGCAUUGAGCAUAAAGAAGACUUUUGUUUACCUGAAGCUGUGGUUUCUCAGGCUUCUCAUGAUCAUGUGCCCAAAAAUAACUCCAAACUUCUGGGAAAUUGCAAUCAUAUUCUUGGGGUCAUAUCAAACAUAGUAGGGAGAGCUUGUGGCUUAAUUUUUGCUACAGUUCUAAGUUUCGUAAACUUCUUUAGUAAGCAGUGCUGUAGCUGUUGUUUCAUUUCUAGGUCAACAUUUUGGCAACAUUUUAGAGCAUUGUUCAUAAAAAGGGCGAUAACUGCUCGGAGAGACCACAAAAGCAUUGUUUUCCAGCUUUUGAUUCCUGCAGUCUUCUUGUUUUUUGGACUUAUUUUUGUCAAGCUCAAGCCACAUCCUGAUCAGCAGUCUCUGACCUUUACAACUUCACAAUUUAAUCCUCUAUUAAGCGGUGGUGGUGGUGGUGGUCCAAUUCCUUUUGAUCUGUCCUGGCCUAUUGCAAAGGAGAUUGCACAAUACGUUGAAGGGGGGUUGAUUCAAAAAUUUAAACCGAGUGCAUAUAAAUUCCCAGACUCAGAGAAGGCAUUAGCUGAUGCAGUUGAGGUGGCAGGGCCAACUUUGGGGCCAGUUUUACUUUCAAUGAGUGAAUUUUUGAUGUCUAGCUUUAAUGAAUCCUAUGAGUCAAGGUAUGGGGCAAUUGUGAUGGAUGAUCAGAAUGAAGAUGGAACUUUAGGGUACACUGUACUACACAACAGUUCUUGUCAGCAUGCUGCUCCAACAUUUAUCAAUUUAAUGAAUGCUGCAAUUCUUAAGCUGGCUACUCAAAACAAAAAUAUGACAAUUCGAACUCGUAAUCAUCCUCUGCCUAUGACAGAAAGUCAGCACUUGCAACAUCAUGAUCUUGAUGCAUUCUCUGUAGCAAUUAUUGUUAACAUUGCCUUCUCUUUCAUUCCUGCCUCAUUUGCUGUUCCUGUUGUAAAGGAACGUGAAGUAAAAGCUAAACAUCAACAACUAAUUAGUGGGGUUUCCAUACUUUCAUAUUGGACUUCUACAUAUAUAUGGGACUUUGUCAGCUUCUUAUUUCCUUCAUCUUUCGCAAUAAUUCUUUUUUACAUCUUUGGUCUGGAUCAGUUUAUUGGAACGGGUUGUGUCUUGCCAACAAUCCUCAUGUUUUUGGAGUAUGGAUUAUCAGUUGCAUCAUUCACUUAUUGCCUUACAUUUUUCUUUUCUGACCACACCAUGGCACAGAAUGUGGUCCUCUUGGUGCACUUUUUCACUGGACUCAUUCUUAUGGUUAUCUCAUUCAUUAUGGGGCUUAUAAAGACGACAGCAAGUGCAAAUUCUUUUCUCAAGAAUUUCUUCAGAUUAUUUCCAGGUUUUUGCUUUGCUGAUGGGCUUGCUUCGCUAGCUCUGCUACGGCAAGGGAUGAAAGAUAAAUCAAGUGAUGGUGUUUUUGAUUGGAAUGUUACUGGUGCCUCCCUUUGUUAUCUUGGUCUUGAGAGCAUUGGUUUCUUCCUCUUAACACUUGGCCUUGAACUGUUGCCUUCUCACAAUUUGACUCCUGUCACAAUCAAAGAGUGGUGGAGAAGUAUUAAAAUUCCCCAGCGUGGUACUUCUAGUUAUUUAGAACCUCUCUUGAAACCCUCCUCAGAAACUGUUGCUCUUGAUCCUGAUGAAGACAUAGAUGUGAAAACAGAAAGAAAUAGGGUACUUUCAGGCUCAAUUGAUAAUGCCAUCAUCUACUUGCGUAAUCUUCAGAAGGUGUAUACUGGAGGAAUGCAUCACUGCACUAAGGUCGCAGUACAAUCACUGACUUUCACAGUUCAAGCAGGAGAAUGUUUUGGGUUUUUAGGAACAAAUGGAGCUGGGAAAACCACAACACUUUCAAUGCUGUCUGGAGAAGAAUCCCCAACUGAUGGAACUGCUUUUAUUUUUGGCAAAGAUAUACGUUCCAAUCCCAAGGCUGCUCGUCGGCAUAUUGGGUAUUGCCCACAAUUUGAUGCUCUAUUAGAAUUUUUGACUGUUCGAGAGCAUCUUGAGCUUUAUGCAAGAAUAAAAGGACUUCCAGAAUACAGGAUAGAUGAUGUUGUAAUGGAAAAACUAGUGGAGUUUGAUUUGUUGAAGCAUGCAGACAAACCAUCGUUUUCCCUUAGUGGCGGAAACAAGCGCAAAUUAUCUGUUGCAAUUGCUAUGAUAGGAGAUCCUCCUAUAGUCAUUCUAGAUGAGCCAUCCACAGGUAUGGAUCCUUUUGCCAAACGAUUCAUGUGGGAAGUGAUAUCUCGUUUAUCUACCAGGCGUGGAAAGACAGCGGUAAUUCUUACAACACACAGCAUGAAUGAAGCUCAAGCUCUGUGCACAAGGAUUGGGAUAAUGGUUGGAGGCCAACUAAGAUGCAUUGGGAGUCCACAGCAUCUAAAAACACGAUUUGGAAAUCAUCUUGAGCUAGAGGUAAAACCUACUGAGGUAAGUUCUGUGGACUUGGAAAACCUUUGCCGGAUUAUUCAAGAAAGGCUUUUUGACAUUCCCUCUCACCCAAGAAGUUUACUUGAUGACAUUGAAGUUUGCAUUGGGGGUAUUGAUUCCAUUGCAUCAGAAAAUGCAUCAGCGGCAGAGAUUAGCUUGUCAAGGGAAAUGAUAAUUAUAAUUGGGCGCUGGCUUGGUAACGAAGAACGAACUAAGACACUUGUAUCUUCAACACUAUUUUCUGAUGGUACUUUUGGUGAUCAGUUAUCUGAGCAGUUGGUUCGACAUGGUGGCAUACCCUUGCCAAUAUUUUCUGAGUGGUGGUUAGCGAAAGAAAAGUUCUCUGUGAUUGAUUCAUUUAUCCUUUCUUCAUUUCCUGGUGCAACAUUCCAAGGAUGCAAUGGAUUGAGUGUCAAAUAUCAGUUGCCGUAUGGAGAAGGCCUAUCACUUUCAGAUGUUUUUGGACACCUGGAACAAAACAGAUUUCGGCUGGGCAUUGCAGAAUACAGUAUCAGCCAGUCAACUCUGGAAACCAUAUUUAAUCAUUUUGCUGCAAAUUCAUGAGGUAUAGUCAUCUUCUUGAACCAUUUCACCCACAAUCCAUGAGGAAGGUUCAAAUGCUGCAUGCAUCUCGUGUUCUUGUACGAGUUCCGCUGACAAGGUUUUUAGGCCGGAUGUAAAUAUCAGAGAAGUGGUGCAUUGUAUAUAAGUCAAACCUUUUCCAUUUGUAAAUGUAAGCUUUUACCUUGAUCAAAAGAUUGUGACCCAUAAUCAUAUAGGUAUAACUUUGUGGACUGAUUGAUUAUUACA